AUGUCGGUUGCGAUCAACAACCCGUUCCAGCUGCUGGGUGUGGAUGGCCAGGAGGAGGCUCCUGCUCCGGCCGCUGCGCCCGCGAAGACCGAGACGGCUCGUCGCAACGUGCCUGGCCUGCCGCGCGCGGCUGAGGAGCCUGUCCAGCGUGACCACCGUGGCGCCGACCGUGGUAAGAACGAGCGCUCCCACCGUGGCAAGGGUGACCGCAGCCGUGGUGGCCGUGGCGGCGCUCGUGGUGGCCGUCGUGCCUUUGACCGUCACUCGAUGUCUGGUCGUGAGGACACCGCGAAGUCGGUGCGCCAGGGCUGGGGCGGCGACGACGCUGUCAGCGAGAAGAAGCUCGAGGAGGGCGCUGAGGCGGAUGCCAAGGCUGACGCCGAGGCCGAGAACGCCGAGAAGAAGCGCUUCGAGGAGGAGGAGCAGGACAACACCCUCACCCUCGACCAGUACUUUGCCAGCCAGAAGGAGAAGCGUGCGCAGAUCGCCACAGUGGCUGCGCCGCGUGCCGUGGAGGCCGAUGAAUCAGUGUACGGUCAGCGCCUUGACAAGGGCGAGGGUGAGUCGUACUUUGCCGGCACCGAGAAGAAGUCGGCUGCCCCGCGUACCACUCGCAAGGAGAAACAGACCAUUGAGAUCGAGCCCGUGUACCAGCAGCCGUCGCGCAGCUCGGACCGUGCGCCCCGCGGUGGCCGUGGUGGUGCCCGUGGUGGUCGUGGUGAUGCUCGCGGCGCUCGCGGUGGCCGUGGUGGUGCCCGCGGUGGCCGUGGUGCAGCUCGCGGUGGCCGUGCCCCUGCGGGCGGUAAGGGCCUCAACGUCGACAUUGCGGACGAGAGCGCUUUCCCGAGCCUGAGCUAA